GGCCGCCAUCCUCUGCUAGCCCGAAAGCCCAGCCUCCUCGAGUAGCUGGUGCAGUUUGAUAACACGGACCAGGCAGGACUGGAUAGCUACAGGAUUUCAGUGUUUGCAGCGAUACUAGAUACUUUGUUUAAUAGCAUGAUUCGUGUACGAGCAUCGUAGCUAGCUGAAACGCGAUAGCUCCAAGGCGCUCUUUUGGCAAGUCGCCUGUUUUAACCCAUCUAUUGUUGCGCGCGUCUGCCAGCGUUUUGAUUACAGUGAGUAGGAAGGAAGAAAACGCACACACCCCUCCGCUCUUAUGGUAGUGACUAGAGGGAGGCUCGGGAAAAAAAAGAAAGAAUAGGUAGAGAGAUCUCGAUUGUUGUCUUUUGGAAAGUUGAAUCUACUUCCGAGGAUAAAGGUUGGUCAUCCCAAUGGCGUCAAUUUCGAAGGUGUCCAUUCUGGAUUACUUCAACAUCGUGUUUGAGGGGGAGAACGGCAAGAUCGAGUCCAACUGUAAAGCAUGCGGCACCAGGAUACAGGCGAAGAGGAGCGUCACCUCCAACUUCGUCACUCAUCUCAAGAGGAAGCACCAGGCGAUGUACGAUGAGUUUGUAAAGAAGAAGGAUAUGAAGCGAGAAGCCUACUCCUCAUCUUCCUCCUCCCUCAAUCCCUACUCCUCAUCCUCCCUUCACAGCCUGGCCAACGGAGGAGGCCAUCGCUGCAAUCACUCCACCGCUGGAGGGGUGGGAGCAGGGGGAGGAAGAGAGGGAGCAGGAGAAGGGGUGACAAAGUUCCACAGACAUGACCCUCGCCAGGUGCUGAUCUCGGAGGCGAUAGCGAAGAUGCUGGUCCAGGACCUCCAGCCUGCCUCCCUGGUGGCUCUCAGAGGAUUCAGAGAGUUACUGCAGCUGUUAGAGCCUCGCUAUACCCCCGAGCCCCCCAGAUACCUCCACACCCAGCUCCUCCCAGCCUACGCCUACCAGGCCCAGCUGGCCACCAGACAGGCCCUGGCCUCAGCCCUCUCUCUCAGCCUCUCUGUCUCCCUCUGGAGGGGUUUCCUUGGGACCGCAGCAGGGGUUAACACUGGGUACCUGGGGGUGACCUGCCACUUCCUGUCGUCUGAUUGGCAGAUGCGUUCCGCCCUGCUGGCCUGCCUGCCUCUGGUUGGUGGGCUCUCGGCCAAUCGCGUGCUAGCAGAGUUCGAGGAGGUGUGUGUGGCGCACGGCGUUUCGGGCCGAGCGUUCCGUGUCGUGGCUGACCCAUUUCCCUCUGAAACUCACCCCUCUUGCCGCCUACCAGGGUUCUGUAUCCACGGCAACCCGGGAGAUGAUGCAGACGAGGAAGAGGAGGAGAGUGGGGAUGAAGGAGGAGAGAGGGAAGGAGAGGUAGAACAGGAGGACUGGUGGGAGGGAGGUCUGGGGUCUGGCAGGAUAGACUGUUUCUGUUGUUCUCUGGGUCAGUGUGUGAGAGAUGGGCUGCUCUCCUCCUCACCUCUCCUCUCCUCCACCCUGGCUAAAGCCUCAUCCUUCUAUAACUAUGUCACCUCCGCCGUGCCACACGACAAACUGGUGGGCCUGUUGGGAGGGGGGUUGGGGGGGGCGGGGAGCAGCAGGGCUGGAGAGCGAGACUGGGCCGUACAACUCAAGGUGUUGCGUGGUCUUCUGGACUCAGCAGAGUUCUUGGAGGAUGUGUCUGACCGGGCUGACCUGGUGCUGAGUGGCCAGGAGGUGGCGCUGCUCAGAGAACUCACAGACACACUGGAACCCUUUACUGAGGCCUGGGACAUGGUGCACACACACAGACAGGGUGACAGACACGUCUCCAUCAGUCUGGCUCUGCCCUGUGUCCUGGGGCUCCGUAAGCACCUGUCAGAGUGCGUCUCCCCCCAGCUACCCUGCCUGCUGCUGGGCUUGUCUCAAGCCGUAGAGCGCCGUUUGGCUCCCAUCCUGGAGGACCCUCUGUACGUCACCGCCACCACCCUGGACCCACAGUUCAAACUCACCUGGAGCUCAGACCCUGACUGGCACAGACAGGUCCUCCUGGACGAGGUCACCAAACACACACAAACACAGGGCCCCAGCAUGGAGCUCACCCCCCAGGCCCAGUCCCCUGUCGCAGCUUUGUCCCCAGCCUCGUCCCCUCUUCCCUCCUCCACUUCGCUCAGCAGGCCCUGCAAGCUGUUCUCCUUCAUCAAGCAAAGGCCCACGGCGCAGGCAAAGAGCGUGGAGCAGGAGCUGGCAGGGUACCUGCGUGAGGAGCCCACUGAGGAGGAGCCUCUCCACUACUGGAGACGAAAGACUAUAGACUUCCCUCAGCUCAGCCAGGUGGCCAAGCGGGCGUUUACUGUGCCAGCUGGGACCUCCACCGUGGAGACCAUCUUUACCUCGGCCAGACACUGGCUCCAACCCGGCAGAGGCAGGGCUCUCCCCAAAAACCUUGAGACACUCAUCUAUCUCAAAACCAACUAUAGGUUACUGUGGACUUAAUGGAUCAGCCCUACACCAGAGGCACAAACACAGCUACAGAGACACAAACACAGCUACAGAGACACAAACACAGCUACAGAGACACAAACACAGCUACAGAGACACAAACACAGCUACAGAGACACAAACACAGCUACAGAGGCACAAACACAGCUACAGAGGCACAAACACAGCUACAGAGGCACAAACACAGCUACAGGCUGGUAAUGUUGUCCAUGUAACCCGAUGGAGACUCUCAAACUUGAAGACCAAUUACAGACUACUGUGGACUUCGACACAGACCGCUAUGGACCCAAACACUAUAGUCCAAUUAGCCUACAGGUUUCAGACCUAAACACUAUAGUCCAAUUAGCCUACAGGUUUCAGACCUAAACACUAUAGUCCAAUUAGCCUACAGGUUUCAGACCUAAACACUAUAGUCCAAUUAGCCUACAGGUUUCAGACCUAAACACUAUAGUCCAAUUAGCCUACAGGUUUCAGACCUAAACACUAUAGUCCAAUUAGCCUACAGGUUUCAGACCUAAACACUAUAGUCCAAUUAGCCUACAGGUUUCAGACCUGCAGUGCCUUGCAAAAGUAUUCACCCUCCUUGGUGAUUUGCCUACUUUGUUGCAUUACAACCUGUAAUUUAAACAGAUUUUUAUUUGAAUUUCAUGUAAUAGACAUACACAAAAUAGUUCAAAUUGGUGAAGUGAAAUGAAGAAAAGUAAUUUUUUAAAGAAUUCAAUAAAAUUACAAACUGAAAAGUGGUGCGUGCAUAUGUUUUCACCCCCUUUGCUAUGAAGACCCUAAAUAAGAUCUGGUGCAACCAAUUACCUUUAGAAGUCACAUAAUUAGUUAGAUUGUA